AGUUAGGCUUCCUCAACCUUAGUCCGUCCUAGCCUAGGACGUCGUUCCUCCUGUGGGCUCAUCAGGCGGGCAUUGUGUUCUUAAAUCAGCCCAGUUUGCCCCUCUAGAAUCUAAUGUCCUCAGUCAGUAUCUAUAAUUUUAAGUCAGCCCCUUACUGGCUGUUUUCUGCUGAGCUUCUCUGUAAUUCCCAAGAGAGGGAACGCUGAGGAGCCCGGAGCCCUAGGAAACCAAGACCAGAGGGUAGAAUUGGAGAAGAAAUUGAUCGUUUAGAGGGAGGGAUAAAACGUUGCUGUUGGGACUGAAGAGAUGGCUCAUCUGUCAAGAGUGCUUACGGCUCUUGCUGAAAACUGGAGUUCAGUUCCGAACUACCACCUAUAACUUCAGCUCCAGGGGAUCCAAUGACCUUUUCUGGUCUCUACUGGCAUCCAAAGGACAGGAGGUUAAAGCCAGACAGGAGUACAGAGGGGAUUCUAGGUCAGCCUCGGCCAGGUAUUGAGACUCACAAAGGAGAGCCAGGAGUACAGCUUCCAGUUUACAGGUGAGAAAAGAAGAGCAGAGCAGGACUGGCCUGAAGCCAUUCACCCCCGAGGUGCUGGAACCAACACAGAACGUUUCUGCUCUUUGAUUUGAGCUGAUCUUGAAGGAGGAAGAAGACAGACAAGAUGGUUGGAGAAAAGAGAGCAGAUUCAUUAGGCACUCAGGGAGUCAUGGGGAAGAUGCCUGUCCUCAAAGAUCCCAGUAUCUGUUGCCAAGAGGAACCCAGCUCACAAGAUGAAGAGAUCUUACAUGCGAUUGAGGAGACAAAGGGCUCCAUUAGGACAUUCUGUCAGAGACCAGAGUCAGCAGCAGGAGCCAUACUUGUUUUUUCUUGUCCUUGAGAUGCUGUGGGGGCUCACAUCCCUACUUCUGCUGUGUUUGGGGUUACUUUCUCCAGUUUUGGUUGAUGUCAAGAAGACAGCAAUGGAAGAUGGUCUAUGCAGUAUAGUCCCUUGUGUGAUUGAAUUUUACAAGGCACCUUUCAGAAAUCCCAUGACUGUGAGCUAUAGGCUUAAUGAAAAUAUCAGCUUCCGUGUUGGUACCAGCCAUCCCAGUGCCCCCACGGGUGAUCUCUCCACAGAGGAGGUGGAACACUGCAUCCUGAUGACCCACAGCAUGCUCAGAAGAAAAUACAUGGCCAACUCACUCUAUGUGGGUCUAGGAACUCAGAAAGACCUGACCCAAAACCCAGAGCUUCACAUCCCAGAAAGUAGUGUGGCUGGAGAGCCUGUGACUUUGAGCUGUACCAUCCAAAACACCUGCCAAGAGCCCAACGCUCCUUUUCUCUCCUGGAAAGGACCCAUCAUGUCUUCCAACACAACCGUCUCCAUUCACCCCUCUUCAGCACUGGCCAUUGACCUGAAACCCGAGGACCAGGACACCACUCUCAGAUGCCACUUAAAGCUAUCCCUAGAUAGCCUGUCCAGCAGUAAAGUGGUCAAGCUAGAACUGGUCUCACCCACCAGGCUGCUCAACUACUCCUGUUUGCUGAAGAGGACACUCACAUGUAGCUGUUCCUUCCAUGGGAUCCCCACACCUUCGGUGCAGUGGUGGGUGGGAGGAACCCCUGUGAGUGUGAACAGCAUAGAUGGCAUCCUACACCUGACCACCACCACACUAGAACCCUGGACCAAUAGCACCAUUCACCUCAUGUGGGAACCAGAAAUCAUUAGGAGACUUCGCUGUGAGGGGAAGAACCAAUAUGGAGUCCAUGCUUCUAAAAUCUUCUUGAUACCAGAUAAAAACUCUGUUUCUAGUGUGUUCCUGAGAGGUCUAAUCCAGGGCAUUGUGUAUGGGGCCAUCGCGUCGGCUUUAUUCCUCUUCUUCCUUGUUGUGCUGGUAAUGAAGAUUCUUCAUUGGUGGGAAGAAAAUCAAACCUGCAAGAACAAAGAAGCCCCGACCCCCGUGAAACCAGUUUUGGGAAGAGCCGACGCUGCUGAAGUCUGAAGCUGCAGGUGCUCUAGCCUUGGCUCCGCCCAGGGCCUUGGAGAGAGAAAAAAGAGUCCACAUGGGAACUUCGGGGGAUCAUGGUACACUCCAGACUUCUCUAGCCUGACAGACCUGCAGAGGAGCAAGACACCAUCUCCACCUCAGACUCCAGAGACAGAGACCUACAGCCCAGCUCUCCCUGUGGCUGGGCAAACCCACCCCUCUCCAGGCCUUC